AUGAUGAGAUUCGCCGUGUAUACAGGGGCAUCUGCUGCCCUGGCCACAGGUGUCAUUCUGAGCGCCCUCCAUCAGAGGACGAAUUUCUACUCCGCUUGUGUUUACCUCGCCCAGAGCAAUGCCUGUCUCAUGAUACUGACGAACAUCGCCCUCCUCAGUGUGUCAAUGACGAUGCUCGGUCUGCAAAAGCUCCUCUACGGGCCCCUCCGGCCUAUUGAGGUCGAGCAACUUUACGAAAAGGCCUGGUUUGCUAUUACAGAGACUUGUCUUGCGAUGACUACUUUUCGUGAAGAAGUUGGCGGCUGGUUUCUGAUAAUGUUCGUGGCCCUACUGAUUGGCAAAGUCUGGGGUUGGAUUGGCGAGGGUCGUGUAGAGGUGCUCGAACAGCAACCGCCGACAAAUCCUCGGAUAUUUCAUGCUAGGCUCACGGUAUCAUUGGCCAUCUCUGCCAUUUUUGACGCGUUCAUGCUCUGGUAUACCAUCAAAACCGUCCUCCAGCACGCACGACCAAACAUGAUGGUAAUGUUUGCCUUUGAAUUUGCUGUACUAUGCGUCACAUCAUUCUCAACAACGGGUCGGUAUGCGAUCUCUCUUUGCGAAGCCUCCAUCACCCGAGCUCAGAUUAAGCUGCGCAGAGCGCAGCUGAAACGCGAAAGAGAACAAAGCCGAGAGGCUUUUGUACCUGACGACUCAUCGGCAAUUGACACGGCUUCCGCAACUCAUCCAUCUGCUCAUGCUGGUGAUGACGAUCUCGAUACGAUCGAUGUUGAUGUGCCUGGGUGGGAAGAAAAGGGUAGGUGGAUCUUCUAUCUAGAUCUUACAACUGAUUUUUUGAAACUUAUAUUAUAUCUGACAUUCUUUUGCGUUCUAUGUAUGUUCUACGGCAUGCCAAUACAUAUCAUUCGAGACGUUGCAAUCACGAUUCGAUCGUUUCAUAAGCGUAUAUCAGACUUCAUACGAUACCGUCAUGCUACUCGAAACAUGAAUGCCCGAUACCCUGAUGCGACGUCAGAACAGAUCAGUCGAGAAGACUGUUGUAUCAUAUGCCGAGAGGAUAUGAAAGCGUGGCCGCAGCAGCGCCAAGGGGUUGCAGAGCGGGACCACAGACAUGACGGCAGUACACAGACGUUGCAUCUAGACGAGCGUUUAAGACCUAAGAAACUACCAUGCGGGCAUGUCCUACAUUUUGCGUGCCUGCGAAGCUGGCUCGAGCGUCAGCAGAAUUGCCCUACCUGUAGGGCGCCGGUACUUGUCCCACAGCAGACUGCGGUUCAGCCACAGACAGUUCCGAACGGCGCGGUUAGAGGACCAGGACAACCCAAUACUCCACCAGUCCCGAUAAACGGUCGUGACGCAGGUCAAGCCAGGAUGCCGGCGCAAAACGUCUUUCAAUUUGGGCCUUUUCGCAUCGCUUUCGGUGCUAGGAAUAUCAUGAACGGUGCUGCUCAGGGUGAUCAGGCGUUUCUGAACCCAGGAGUAAAUGCCGGUAACGUACCUGGAAUGCAGCCUGUACCAGGACAAACUCGUUCGGCGGAGCAAGCUCAACCCAGGACAUUUGCAAGUUUUAGCCCGGCGGGUCCUUUGAUUCAACUUCAACAUAUUGAACAGCAGCUAGUCCGUGACAUAACCAGCCUUCGUCUACAGGCCGAUCAGCUUCUCGUUGUCCGAGCGCUGCAGGCUGAGCUGACUCGACUUCGCAUGCUUCCCUCACAGGCUACAGGUUCAGCACCGGUCUCCAGCAACACCAACGUGCCAAGGACUUCGGUUACACCUUCUCCUUGGCGUCACAGUACUCCGAACGGACCAGCAUUUGCUUCUGAUCCCACGGCGCCAGCUAUCGGUUCAGGACACGAGCAUUUACCAAGUGGCGUGAUUUUACCGGAGGGAUGGACUGUCUUACCUAUGGAACGGGUCGCAGGCUCCAUCGACCCUAGUGCCACCAAUCCAAAUCACAACUCAGAUCGGCGCCCACCCUCAAACCAGUCGAGCUCGCAAGCACCAGCUCGUCUGGCGAACGGCAAUCCAUUCGUAGAUAUCGAAGCGACUGCAAGCAAUUCAAACGGUGAAGCCUCACCAGUAGACCUCGAAACCGGAAGUCAGAACAGGGCUGCAGGGGUCCCGGAGACCUUGCAUGUCCCGCAGUGGGGUUCAGGGCUGCCCGAUACAGAGCGCGGCCAGGUGAAUCGUGACACCAGCACGGUCAGUGGAGAGGAAGUAGGACGUAAAGAAGACGCUUUGACUAGCGAUGAUGCAUUACCAUGUGCAGGAGGCUCGUCCCAAGAAAAGGGCAAAGGUCGCGCUGCUACGGUCGAAGAGUCCUCCGACAGCCUUGACUGA